CUUUCCAUCGCCUCUCGUUCCCUUCUCUGCAGACUCUCUGAUUUCAAUUCACUUCCUUGCUGUGUCUGGUUUUCUAAUCUGGAACGCGGGAAAUCAAUAAUUGCCGGCGAUUGAGGGGAGGCUGGCCGGAAAGCUCCAUAAUCAGCCCUAUAUUUUGCGGAGACGAAAGGAAAUUGCAAAACUCUAUUUGGACAGUACCAUUUCGUGAAAUUCCGGUAGUAAAAUGACGACCCAAGCUGCUUCCACUUUCAAUGGCAACUUAAAGAAAGCAGUUGCUGGUCUGAGGCGUAUCAAUCUAGAAGGUUUGCGAUGGAGAGUGUUUGAUGCCAAGGGGCAGGUGCUUGGAAGAUUAGCAUCUCAAAUUGCAACAGUGGUCCAAGGUAAAGAUAAGCCCACAUACACCCCAAAUCGUGAUGAUGGGGAUAUGUGUGUCGUGAUUAAUGCCAAGGAUAUAUGCGUUACUGGGAGAAAACUUACUGAUAAGUUCUACCGCUGGCAUACUGGAUAUGUGGGAAACCUUAAGGAAAGGAGUUUAAAGGACCAGAUGGCUAAGGAUCCUACGGAAGUCAUUCGGAAAGCUGUCCUGCGCAUGCUUCCAAGAAACAAAUUGCGUGAUGAUAGAGAUCGCAAGUUGAGGAUAUUUGCUGACAGUGAGCACCCCUUCGGUGACCGGCCCCUGGAGCCAUAUAUAAUGCCUCCCCGAAGUGUACGAGAAAUGCGCCCGCGUGCAAGAAGAGCCAUGAUUCGAGCUCAAAAGAAAGCUGAGCAGCAAGAGAAUGGCGGUAAUGAAUCAAGAAGAGGAAGAAAGAGAAAGAAUGAAGUGAACACAGAAUUGGCAGCAUGAAAAUUUCUCGCUCUCCUUUUGCUCCCCAUGUAGCUGGCGUCUCUUCUCAAUUCUACACCCAACCACCAUGGAGGUGCCGUGUGCGCAUAGACUAGUCUGAAUAAUGUCUUGCUCUCCAGUUUUUGGAGUCCUUUCUAGGUUAAACAUCUUUAUUUGUCGUUUUUCUUCAGAGAUGCUAAGUUUUGAAAGAUGAAAUAUGCUGCGUUUUUUGGGUGCUGGUGUGGCAAACUCUUUCUUAGAUAAAACGGUUAACUGCUAUUUUGGUUCGUUCUUCUGAUGAAAACCAUGAAGAGAAAUGAUGGAGCAUUUGGUUAUUAC